AUGAUGACGGUGAACUCGUUUGAGAAGGGCGGGUCUGGCGGAGGCCCAUCGGAGUGCGACGGGCACUACCACAGCAACAAGGACCUGAUCACGGCGCUGUCCACGGGGUGGUACGCGGGCGGGAGCCGGUGCUUCAAGCCGAUCCGCAUCACGAGCACGCAGACCGGGCGCACCGUGGUGGCCCGGGUCGUCGACGAGUGCGACUCCCACCACGGCUGCAAGAACAACAUCGUCGACACGUCCCAGGCCGUCUGGGACGCGCUCGGGCUCGACUCUAACAUCGGCGUGGUUCCCGUCAUCUGGUCCGACGCCUAA